GAGUCGCGUGAGAAACCGGGGGUGGAGAUCACGUGUGAAAGUGGUUUGGGACAAGGCAGAGAGGUGAGCGUGCUGGAGGUGGAGGCGCUAUUGAUGCCGCGAGGGAGAAGCUGGGCCCAGCAGAAUGAUCCGAAUCCAGAUCUUAGAGGGGAAGGCUUUUGUGUGGAAUUAUGCUGAUGCACGGCAGAUCCGAGAAGAGCAUCGCAUUGUUGGCACGCUGGUUGGGGCGUUGGCUCGGAAACCACGACAGAACGUAUGGCUGGGACUUCCUCUGCAGCUGCUCCCAGAAGAAGCCCAACUGCUGGUGGAAAGGGGGCUGGCAAUCUUGUUUAAAAAGCCAGCAUCCCAACACCUUGGAAGAGAUCCAGACCAGAAUCUGUCCUCAUCCCCGGAGAAGGUGGCCGCUUACCAAAAAGGGCUAGAGGAAAGCUAUCGGGAGCAGCUCCAGCUUGCUGCUGAACAGAGGAGGGCUGUGUUGGGCACUCUUGCCCAGCGCAUAGCCCAAGGACGGGCAAAGAAGCGGCGACAGAAAGGGGAAGAGGGAGACCCUCCUCCAAACCCUGCAGAUUUGGAACCCAGUUUUGUGCUUCCCCAAGAAUCCAUGAUGGUCCAGCUGCCGACAGAACGGGCCCACCCAGGCCAAGAAGAGGUGGUGGACUGGCGUUUGCCCUCCCAAGACUGGCCUUAUGCUGGACAAGAGGACCACGAGAUGCGUUGCUGCAUUUUCCGGAACCUCUGGGAACGAGGCUACUAUAUCACCAGUGGGGGAAAAUUUGGGGGCGACUUCCUUGUUUAUCCAGGUGACCCAAUGCGGUUUCACGCCCAUUACAUUGCCCUCUGCAUUCCAAAGGACGCUCCUCUUUCUCUGCAAGACGUCGUCAGUGCAGGGCGGCUGGGCACCAAUGUCAAGAAGACUGUUCUGCUCUGCUCAGUGGACCAGGAUGGGACUGCAAUAUAUACGUCUCUGCAGUGGACUGGGAUGCAGUGACAGUGGACCAUCCGGGGAAGGGUGGAGGGCAUGCUCGAGUUUUGGCAUUUCAACACUGCAGAGAGACUGGAUGGCUGAGCCGGGCUCAGCAACACCUGGUGUCUCGCCUGACUGUGCUCUACCUGCUUCAUAGCUGAAGUUAGUAUCACAAUUAUAAGUUGCUGUUCGUGGGAAACACCUGUUGUGGGCGGCGGGGGGGUGGGGGCGGUGAGCUAGCUCUGUCUACAGAAAUAUGCUAGCAGAAAAACUUAGGCAGUACUCCUGGAGCAGUGCAAAGAAACGUUGCUGUUUGGGGCUUGCCUUGAACCCGCUGUAUUGCGUCCAUUCAGUCACUAAAGCAAAGGGCUUCCACUGUAUGAUUUGCGAAUGGGGAUGAGCGUGAAAGAGGUACGGCUGCUCCCAGGUUUGGAAACUCUGCCGAGGGAGGCAAAGUUGACACACUCCCUGUUCCCCUUCUGCUGGCAGGCAGGCCUUUGUCAUGUCCAAAGGAUUCUGCUUUAAGUGAUGUAAUGGUACAUUUUAACCAAGAUUUUAUUUUCACUUGUAUUAUUGUUAGCAACCCCAAGUGCCAUUCUUCCCAGAAAGGCAGGAUACAAGUUUAUUAUUUAAGCCUGUGUUUUGCUCCCGCGGCGAGCACAUGUGCAUGUAACUCAAUUCACUUAUAAGUAAAUCAUAAGCUAUUGUGACAUGCCUGGUACUUGGUUCCUGCCAUCACAAGGGGGAAAUACUGUCAGGCAUUAUUUUCACUUCAGUAUGUUCUUGGUUUGUGGUGUACACACAAGGAAUCAUGGUUUAAAAUAUACACUUUAGCAAAGUAAACUGUAAAUGCAAUCCAUAAUUUCAAGCCUAAAAUUAGGGUUUGCCAUUCCAUGUAGGAUCACUGCAUUGGGAAGCUCCAAAAGGUAACUUUUCUCUUGAAUCAGAGGAAUUAUUUCCAUGUAUCAGCAGUCAGCAAAAGAAACAGAGCUAAGGCACAAUCUGCUGGCCAGCAGGCAGUGUCCGGCAAACCAAAGGAAAUGGUGGAGUCCUUCAUGUCAUGUUGGAAGCCUUCCAACUUUGCAGUGGGGAUUCCAUCUUAAGAGGAGUCUCCCUCCUGCCUCUCAUCUGGCGCCGUUGAUUCCGCACCGGCCGAGACCCUGAAGGACACGUGGUGAAGAGGCAAAGCAGUGCCCGUUCCCACUAAAUUGAGGCAGUGCCUCAAGUCUUCCUCAUGAAGGAUGCACCAUUUAGACCAAUGAACCCAAUCAUUGAAAACAGAAAAUGAAUCUGUUUUCAAGAGUGAAGCAAGCAUGGAGGCAAACCUCACCUUUCUACUGCUCAUGUACUCCGCAGAUUUCUGCAACCUCUUGACUUGAGGUUACAGGCAGCCAUGUCAGAUUUGCACUGUAGGAUGCAGUCCUACCUCUGUUUAAGACAUUAAAAGGUUUAUAAAUUCCAGCAUGCCCCAAGUAGCACGGACUAUACUGGGAGUUACAGCAUUACACCUUUAGGAAAAAGUCCUCUACUUCCAGCAU